GUCUAGAAACCUUUACCUCACAACCAAGAAGUGAAUACAAAGAAAUUAAAUUGGUUUAUACUAGCUCUUAAAAAGCAACAUUGGACAUUGAAUGAACGUGAACCGGUACUUCCCUAGUUAGUGUACUGUGGAAUUCAGCUGGUUGGAAAACUAUUGUCGGUUGGGUGUAUAUUUUCAGUACUAAAGGCAUGUUUCUAUCCUAAAACCAAAAAGAAAUUCUCUAUAUAAUUAAAAAAUGCCUGACGAAACUAACGAAUUAGAAGCUUUUAAUUCACGUCAUGUUGUAUGUGAACUACCAGAGUACAAUAUUAAAAUAAAGUUCUUAUUUCUUCAAUUGAAUGGUUCCAUGUUUAUAUGGAUUGGUGAUGAAGAGGGCCGAUUGUCUGGUUUAUCUGUGUGUUUACCAUCAAACGUUACUGAAUCAAUCCGACAGCAUAGUACUAUAAUUUAUUCAGUUAAUAGUAAUAAUAAUAAUGGUGUUCAAGCUGCUUGUCAUUCAUUUAGUGAAUAUGAAGAGAAUUUAUCUUGUAAACUAUCGAAACGUUUAAAUUGUCCUGUAUUUGUUAGUAUAAGUUUAUCAAAUGAAUAUAUUCCACUUUGGAAUAGUGUACAUUUUACUACUGGAAGUACAUUUGGACAAGAAGUUGAACGUCAUUUAUUCAAAAAUCUUUCAUCUUUUGUAUUAUCGAAAUAAAUAAAUAUUGAAUAAAUAAAUAUGUAUAUGUAUGUCUAUCUAUCUAUUAAC